GGCUGGGCGAGGGUGAAGCGGCGGGGCGGCGGCGGCGGAGGGCCGAGCAGGGCUGCCGCUCUGCGGCCUCCCGAGAGGGUCGCUGGGCUGUGGAGGAGCCGGGCCCUACGUUGCGGUGAUGUAGCGGCGGGACGGGCGAAGAGAGAACGGGGUGAAGAGUGAAGAAUGAAGAUGAAAGAGGCAGGGCCCGAGGCCGCUGCUGGCGGGUCUCUCGGCUUCGGAAAUUGCUGUAUGCAGAUCUACCUGUGCUGUUUGAUGAGCAGACAUGGCUGUCACGCUGCAUACUGAUGUAGGAGAUAUUAAAGUGGAACUGUUCUGUGAGCGUACACCAAAGACUUGCGAAAAUUUCCUGGCUCUUUGUGCUAGUAACUACUAUAAUGGAUGUAUAUUUCACCGGAAUAUAAAGGGCUUCAUGGUUCAGACCGGGGAUCCAUUAGGCACUGGGAAAGGAGGUAACAGCAUCUGGGGCAAGAAGUUUGAAGACGAAUUCAGUGAAUACCUAAAGCACAGUGUCCGUGGGGUGGUUUCAAUGGCAAACAGUGGUCCGAAUACCAAUGGAUCGCAGUUCUUCAUCACUUAUGGCAAGCAACCGCACCUCGACAUGAAGUACACUGUGUUUGGCAAAGUUAUUGAUGGCUUGGAGACCCUGGAUGAGCUGGAAAAGCUGCCUGUGAAUGAGAAAACCUACAGACCUCUUAAUGAUGUUCGCAUUAAAGACAUUACAAUUCAUGCCAACCCUUUUGCUCUGUAGCUGCAGAGUGCCUCGACACAUUCUGUAGGGACAGAUCAGAUUGACUGCUGGAUUAUGGGGUUUAAAAGUAUAUUUCAAAAGGGUUACCUGAGAUGGAUCAUACCUUUGCUCAUUGAACACAGGAUCUUCAGGAGCUGUGAUGUUGUUUAAGUGUUGUCACAGAGGGAUCUGGUGUUUUAGAAGCCAGUUUUCACAGAGUAUCUUCCAGGAUUUUGAUUUUUAAGCAUUGCUUUUUUUCUACUGGUAAAAUAAAGAUGUAAAAAGAUA